AUGGAGACGCAAGAUACGAGUAUGACUAACUUGAUCAUCAAUUAUUUACCGCAGUCGAUGACCGACAAAAAAUUACACCAAAUGUUCACACAGAUUGGACAGAUCGAAGCUUGUCGCGUGAUGAAAGACGUCAAAACUGGCUAUAGUUUUGGUUUUGGUUUUGUCAACUUUGUUCGGCCAGAAGAUGCUUCCAGAGCUAUUGAGGUUAUGAAUGGUCUCCAAGUUGAAAAUAAACGUUUAAAAGUAUCAUAUGCUCGCCCUGCUGGGGAAGAUAUUAAAGAUACAAACCUUUAUGUUCAAAAUUUACCUAGAUCAAUAACAGAAAGAGAACUUGAAGAUCUGUUUGCUCCUUAUGGCCAAAUUGUUCAAAAAAAUAUACUUAAGGACAAAUAUAGUGGACUUCCUAGAGGAGUAGCUUUUGUACGUUACAACAAAAAAGAAGAUGCACAAAAAGCAAUCAAUCAGUUGAAUGGUGUUUUGUUGGAAGGAUGCACAGAGCAUUUAUCUGUGAAAAUAGCUGAGGAACACGGCAAACAAAAAGCAGCUUAUUUGGCUGGUCUACAAACCGGUUUAGCGCACAGAGGGCCUAAAAAUCCUCAAAACAUGCAUCAGUUAAUCAGAACUAAUCAUGCAAUUGACAAGUAUCCAAAUCCAUUGUUGCAGCAUGUGGAUAGACACAAUAUUGGUGCUGUGCGCCAAGAUAGAGCUAGUUACCGUUAUACACCAGUUGGUAUGUUUCCCCCACCACCACUGGCACAUGGGUAUAAUAUUGGCAUUGGUAAUGGCAAUAUGUAUUAAAAAAUGCACCAAUGUGCAUCAAAGAUUACAUCUUUGUACAAAUUUUGAGGUUUUUUUCUUUUUAAUGUAAAUUAAAUUAAUAUUAUAUUAUAUAUAUAUAUAACCUUCUACAUAAUUUGAAAU